UUCUCCGCAGGGCAAUGCCUACUAUUGGAAGAUAGAAAAUCUCGACCCACUUUCUCUAUUUUUAUGUCAUUUUGUCAUACGAUUUUUUUAAAAAGUCCAGGCUUAGCCAGCUUUCCAAAUAUCGUAACUAACAAAAAGAAAAUAAACCUCCACGCACAAGACGUAUUAAUUUAUCUCGUCAUUAUUUUUUCUUUGCUGCACCCAAAUUGCUACUGCCAAAAAUGAAUUUUGUUAUAAAACUCACAUACAACCUCCCUCUUUUUUUAUAUAAUUUUCCUUUCGUUUUCUACAAUAUUUUUUAAUAUAUACACAUAAAGUAUUUAGCAUUCUUUUACAUUAUAUCCUUUUCCAAAAAAUAGAAACAUUACACAUAUGAGCACGCAGUACUACCGAUGCAUUGUGAAGCAAACGCCGCUGGCGCUGUGGCGACAAGGCCUUUCACUGAGCAACUGCUCCGCAUUUGCCCAGCAGCUCACCCGCACAUUACAGCGACGCAAUAUUGGAGCAAUACCAGCACAGGCACAGGCACGACAAAAUGGACACCAUCAGGCUGGCUCCCGAAUCACACUAAUCGGUAUGGGGGCCAAUGUCGGUAUGAGCGUGGCCAAGGGCAUUGCUGGAAUCUACUUUCAUAGCUCCGCGUUGCUUGCGGACGCCGCACACUCCAUGAGCGAUAUAUUGGGGACGUUGUCACGCUCUGACGCCUUUCACCCUUAUGGGUAUGGGCGGUAUGAGGCGCUGGGGACGCUGUUUGUCAGUGCGUUUUUGGUCGCUGCUGGUGUUGGAAUCGGCAUGCAUGCGCUGGAACAGGUCGUCGGGUACUUGCCUGAUCUCAUGGCAGCUGCUAAAUCUGGUGGCUCCGUGGAUGGCGUAGCGGAGUCUGCGAGGGAUCUCCUGGCUUCAUUGGCAGGCAGUGCCGAGGUUGGGGUAGCAGAGGGAGGAGGAUCCCUUGUGUCCUUGGGCCAUACGCACGGCGCAGCAGCACAGGCGGUGGUGGAUGGCGCAGUGGUGGAUCCUCGGGCAAUCUGGUUUGCUGUCGGAUCAAUCGCUGUUAAUGAGGCGCUAUUCCAGGCGACAAUGAAGGUCGGAACGCGGACAAAAUCCAAUGUUCUGGUGGCAAACGCCUGGCACCACCGCAGCGAUGCGUUGACCAGCCUGGUGUCUGUCGGUGCCAUUGGCGGCGCCAUCAUGGGAUUCCCCGUGCUCGACGCUAUCGGUGGCCUGGUUGUUAGUACAAUGCUGGCUAGGAGUGGGAUGUCGAUGACUAUGGAGGCUAUACGAGAGAUUACGGAUACCCCGCCGCCGAUGCAUUUAACCGAGGAGGUCCAAAAUGCCCUGAGGUGUAUUGCGGAGGGGGUGCCGGGUGUAUCCGGGAUUGAUGCUGUUCAGUGUCGGAAGUCCGGCCCCUUUUUGCAUGUGAGAGCUAAUAUGGUGGUUGCGCCAGAGGAGAGCGCAGCCAGAAUUGAGGCGGCCGUUGUGAAGAUCAGAUUGGAACUGCGCGGGAAGCUGGGGUUUGUGCAGAGCGUCGAUAUUAAUGUGGAGACCACGGCAAGCAGACAAAUGCGCAAAUGAAUUUUCUUUGGGUUUUGCUUGAAUAUGAGGUUAUUUUGAAAUAGUUGAGAAAUUAAAAAUAAAGAAAUUAA